UCCGGCCUAUGAUGUCAAUUAACGUUAUUCAAUUAAAUAUAUUUUUUUCCGUUAGAAACAUGAUUUCGAACACAUUUACCUGAAAAGAUUUUUUUUUCCAAAACGCAGUAUGUAUAGUAAUUAUGCCGAUAUUCUAAAUUUAAGUUAAAGCAAGCGACUUCGCGUGCGCAACCAGAUAAUGAAUUAUGAGCUGCUUAUAUAAUAGCUAGGGGGUACUGGAUAUUAUCUUUGGGUUAAACAGAUUACAGGCAAUCAAGAUGCUUUAAAAUUUUAGCCUUUCGCUUGUUUUGUGUAAUUGACUCUCCGUAAUGACACAAAACGCAUUUGCUGAUUAUUCAACCUUAUUAUGAUCUGUAAAAAUCCAUUUUAAUUUUUAAACCAUCUUAUUGAUUGUAGUACAAACAGCAUUGAUGUUAUUAUGCUUACCUGACUUGGGUAAAACUAUAGGCACAACUGCUACAUAUAUGUCACAAUAUUUGCAUUUCUGAUCAGAAACUAAUUUAAGUAUGAUGUCUGUUUCACACCCUAAACAGUCAACGAACUUGUAUCACAAGUCAUGUACAGAACGACUUGAUAACAUAUAGUAUAGUACAUGCAGGAUCGUUAGGAAAAAGCAUGGGUAUCAACAGAUGGGAUCAUAAUUAAAUAAUGUAUCGCUGCAUGAUGCCAUGACAUUUUUUGUACAAUGCCUUCAUUAUUCCUUAUCAAACAUUUAGUGUCUUUCCUUACAGUCUACGUCGUCCUAUUUUCUGUGGUCUGCUAAAUCUUUUCUGUUCACCUGUUUAUGCUGCAAAAUAUUCUGGUAACUUCAUGUAACUUGCUCUAUGCUAUGAAAGGACCUUUAGUUUCAAAAUGUUUUUGUUAAAUAUGGAUUAUCUAUAUUUUUAUUAGACUAUUUACUAUUUCUCCCACCAGAUAUUGUAAUUUAUGUUCAAAUGCACGUUACAUACACGUCUUUCUUACGUCUUUAUCACACUGUAUUAGGCAAUUCAGUCCAUUUCAAAUUCAGUUAUUUGAUACAAAAGUACAAAAUCCGGGUUCAUGUUAGUGCUAAAGAACAGUCAGUUAAAAACCAGGGGUAUAAUGAAUUUAAAGUGUUCGUAUUUGCAAGAUAUUGUGAGUCCAUGUCCAACAUCUCCCGACACGCCUUCUGGCAAUUUGUGCUGGGAUUUGUAGUUUUAUGACUUGUCCCUGCUUGCGAACUGGAAUCGGUGGGACCUAAAUAAGAACUACAAAUCGCAGCAGGCCGGAAGUCACCUUACCCCAGCAUCACAGACAGGGGCGGGCGUAUCCCGAGCUGGAGUUAGCGGUCCUCUGUGAAACUGGACAGCCGAAACGAUCGCCAUAAUGCCAGAGGGUAUGAACAAUUUCCCCCCGCUGCCCUGGUUCAUACCCAUCAAGCCCUGCUUCUACCAAAAUAUAGAGGAGGAGAUCCCUGCACAGCACCGCCGACUUGUGCGUCGGGCGUACAACCUUUGGAUCUUGUACUCCUUAACAUUAUGCGUGAACCUGGUGUCCUGCAUAGCCUGGUGGGCUGGUGGGGGCAGUGGGGCGAAUUUUGGCCUAGCGCUAUUGUGGCUGCUUCUAUUUAGCCCAUGCGGUUACACCUGCUGGUUUCGGCCCUUGUACAAGGCAUUCCGGGCGGACAGUUCCUUUAACUUCAUGACGUUCUUCUUCAUCUUCUUCCUCCAGUGUGUGAUUGUCGUCAUCCAGGCUGUGGGAAUCUCUGGCUGGGGUGCAUCUGGCUGGGUGGUGACAGUCCUGUUUUUCUGCAUCAAUGUUGGCUCUGCUGUGGUCAUGCUCCUCUCUGCUCUGCUCUUCACCCUGGUUGCAGUACUGAUGGGCCUGGUUCUCAUUAGGGUACACCGCCUGUAUCGGGGUAGUGGGGGCAGUUUGCAGCAUGCCCAGGAAGAGUGGAGCAGUGGUGCCUGGAGAAAUGCUCCUGUCAAGGAGCCUGACUUCAAUGCCAUCCCCAGUGGGCCAAGUCUGCCUCAGUACCCAACUGCAGUGCCCAGCUACCCAGACAAUGGGCCGUGGUGAUACCCUGACUGUACAGCAGAGGGAGCCCUAGUACAAUGUUUUUCUGGUGAAACUGUGAACUGGAUAUAGCUCAUGGGUAAACUUCACACAUUAGUGUCAGGAAUAUGCUGGAGGGAAAUGUUAUAUUAAAAAGAAAAGCAUUCGAGUUACCGCCCAUGUAUAUGCCAUAUUUCAGUUGGCCACACCUUGUUUGGGACAAAUGAGAGGAAAGCAUUCUAUUAUUUCUUGUGUAAAUUGCUUGGUACAAAAAAACCUUUAUAGAAUGUUCGGUUUUAUAAUGUACAUAUUAUGAGGCUAGAGAUCUAUGGGGUUAUGGAGAAAGAGAAGCAUCUGGAAUUCUCAGUGUAAUGUAAAGCAUUUGCAAAGGUUAUUGGGAGGAGGGUAGCUGAUUGAUGAAGUCAACAUUGCUAAUGUCAAAAUGUCAUGAGAUAAUAGUGACAGUGAAUUCAUCCACACAGCUAACUAAAACAUUGGUUAUGAGACAGUAAUAAUAAUCGCAUGGCUUCUAGCUUGUUGUGUGAAUAUUUGUAGUUUAAAUGCUAGUGAGCUGUGGCUAGAAUUACUGUAGAACACCGUUUGUUCAUAGUAAUGUAGCAAACAUGGUGUCAGCCAACAGAACAAAUAAUUUGCCAAUUUGCUCUUAUUUGCUAUGACUCCUCAAUAAUCAUCCUCUCCUACUAGACAUAGCGUCAUACUCACAUGAUCAUGCCAACAUGAUUCACUUCACAUAAUGCCCCAGUCUUAGUAAGAAUAUUAUUUGACAAAGAGAUAAGGAUUUUUUUGUCACGUCUUCAAGACCAAUGCAAAACACAUACCAAAUGUCUCAGCUCAGAAUGUAUUGUGUAAGUCAAAAUGUUUUAUACGGGAUAAAAUUGUUAAAUACUGAGCUGCAGGAGAAUUAUUUUGUCAUAAAUCCAGGUAAUAGUUACACAGUUUUUCUGUAUGAUUAUAUAUAUAGCUUGACCCUCUCACUCUGUGGCAGGUCUUUUUGUUGGUUAGACAUGGCCUGACCUUAUGUGUAUGUGCUGUGGUUUUAAUGCAGCGAGCAUUAGAUUAGGGCCAGUGUCUAGGCCUCUGACCAAGCUUGAGGUGAAUGGACUGAGUGGAGCGUUAACAAUGUGCCUGAGUUACCACACUUCAAAGCUACAUGAACUUUAGCUGCACUGUUUGUUGUUGGCGAUCCGUAUUGCUGCAACACUGAAAAAUGAACACAGGAAAUGUACCUGAAUUGUACAGAGACAGACUUAGCAAAUUUAGCACCUCAAGCCAUGCCCCCCCGUCUUGCAUAUUGCCUUAAUUGCGAUUGUCUUCAUGAUCCAGGGGGGUGUUUUGGAAGCUGUUACAUGCACCUGACAUAGAGCUGUUUGUGUAGGUUUGUGUUUUUUUGUACAUGGAAUGUAGCCACUGGCUUUCCUCCAUAACCCAAAUUCCAUGUUGUCUUUGAGCUAGUCGCUGUUCCAUGACGGUUUCCCUUGACGUCUCUUCAAAUGUUCUGUAUAUACAGCCUUAUGGUCUGGAUGGAAAGACACCUGUUUUGCAUUUCUGAACACUUGUUUUGAAAUUGUGAUAUGUUCUAUUUAAAGUUGUGUUUUUCUUGUGUUUGCACUUUACAGAUGUUCUCGCAGGGAUAUGAUCUAUAUUGCUCUGGAUACAUACAUAUGUUAUUAUUUAAUGCCAUUUAUAAAUGAUGUAUGCAUUCAGAUAUAACUGUGUUAUUGGUUUUUUAAUGAAUUUUUUUUAAAUGCAGCUAUAAUUUUCAUGCCUGCGUAAUUCACCGGCUGUUUUAAUGUUAUGUCAAUAAAACAAAAAAUAUG